AUGGCCAUGAAGUUUGGUAAACUUGGUGUCGUUUGGCACUUUGCGCCGGAUGCUCAUCUGGUUAACGGCUCUUCGGGAGUCCUGGAUUCUCCCGCGCUCAUGGAGGCCCUUGACGAUGAGCUGGAACACUCGCUUAUGCCGUCGGUUGCAAUGAUCAAGCGUUAUCGCAAUGGUCUGAACAACUGGUGUUCCUUGCCCGUCGAAACGAUGUGUACGAUCUUCAAGUUCGCGCUCUCUCUGGACGGGUGGCCGACGACCGAGGAUGAGGAGGAUGAGGAGGGUAACAAGCGCCUUCACUGGCUGGCUGUGACACAGGUUUGCCACUUGUGGCGAAUUGUAGCUUUGGAAUACCCAUGCCUAUGGACAGAACCCGGAGAUUUGUUCAUGAUCCCAAGCCCUCUCAUCCCUCGAAUUAUCGAACGCUCGCGGACGCUACCCCUUCGUCUCAGCUUUCAAGACGGCGCCAUCAGCACUCGGGGCACCACAGAAAGACUCGCUCAGUGCUUCAGUCCUUCAACGCUCAGCCGUUUGAGAGGCCUUCGCCUUCACCGUUUCUCACGCACUACGUUCGCUCGCGCCGCGGAACACCUUCAGCUGGCGAUACCCAGUCUUCGUGAACUGCACGUCACUCUCCUGUUAGAUGACGUGGUCCCGACGAAUGUUCCCACCUUACCUCUCGACCUUUGCGUCAACCCGUCGUUGGUCGAACUGGUGCUCGUCGAUUGUCUUCCUUCGCGUUGGGAUGCGCCCUUCUUCCGGAACCUUCAGCGCAUGGACUUGUACUGUUCCGAGGAGAACACGCUUGCAUUGCUACCUACGCCGCAGCAGCUAUCCGACCUUCUCAUAUCCGCGACAUCCCUGGAGGUCCUCACCCUCGAGAACGUCUUUCCGAAGGCCACGACAUACAUAGACUACCCACACAUGAUUCUCCCGCCCACGCUGCGCUCGAUGACGGUCACCGCCUCCGAAGAUACGCGUCUGCAUCGCUCAUGUUUGGUCUUCGUCAUUCGCAUCUAUUGCGAGCACCACAUCCACAUCGGCGUUCGAAUCAACGAUCCAUUCGGCAAUAGCGAACCCGAUGUCUUCAGCGACGUCUAUCAUCCUUCCAUCCAUACACUGGCUUGUAUGGCGUUGUCAAACGUAUAUGUGCUACAGGGAUAUCCUACCAACGUCAUCCUGGAUGGAAGACGGUCCCUCACUAGCAACUGCGAGCGGUCGCACUCCGUUGAGGAGGCGCUCUUCCAGGAUGCGGAAGAUGCUACCACUCGCGUCAGUUUCUACAUGGACGCCGAAGUUUCCGAACCAGACGCGCAGAAUAGCUUCUUCACGCUGCCGCUCAGUAAAACCGGCACCAUCAUGUUUGCUUGUCGCGCCGCGCCACUUAUUCUCGCUCAGCCUGGGUGGAUAACCGCAUUUUCCGGCGCGCAGGAGGUCAGGCGCUUGGGCAUCUACAUCGAGGACUGCGCCGCUCUCUUGCCCUUGCUCGUUCAUCACACCUGUGACAUCGGAACUUUCUUCACGAUCUUCCCUCGUUUGAACUUCAUCUUCAUCUACGUUGACGACCCUGUCACUCUUGAAACUACGGGCAACAGGCAGAAGAGACUGGCUUGCGCGGCUGGCCUGGAAGUUCUCCUCGCAGUGGUCCGCACUCGACAGUCUCUUGGUCACCCGGUGCAGGAGAUCAUGAUUGAUUCAGCGCUGCUAGGGUGGCCGGAGUGGGGCGAUGUCUUGGAGGAUAUAGGAGUGACGGUCAGCCAUUGUCGUUUUGUUUCUCUUUCGCGUAUGUUCCGCGAUUCUGAGUCGUAA